GAGCAGCUGCCAUUUGGCGGCGCCGCGGAGGGGGGCGGUCCGCGUGCGUGAUGGCGGCGGUCCUUCAGAGGGGAGGCUAACGCGACCGUCGCCCCCGAGGUUGCUCUCGGCGCAGUCUCGCUCCGCUAGGGUUUCCCCUCACACGGCCUGCGACCCGGUUUUGUUAGAGAAAGCGGAGCGGGAGUGCGGCUGGGCCGGCCGUGGCCGGGCCCCCCCCGCCUGUGACGAAAAGCAAGUUUGCGUGUUUGAAGAUUAUGUCAGAAGAUUGGGAGAAGAGUAAGCCAAAGAGAGCUCUCACUUAGUUUCUGAGGAGUACAAUUCAGUAAUCUCUGCACUCUGCUUCUACUUCAAGAGUAGAAGAAACUGACGUGAGCGAGUUUUCACUUUUACAGAUUCUGUCUGUGCUCAUCUUUUUCCAAGACAAAACAGAUUCUCCUAUCAUCUGGUUCAGAGAAAAUGUUACCCCAUCUUCAUGCGCCUCAAAAUCUUCAGGGUUUAUCAUCUGCAGGUCAGCUUUCCCUAGUGCUCUGGCCACACCAAUGUGAAGUCAUCAGGGACAGAAUUGAGCACAUUGAUUGGACACCCGCUAGGCCUGAGCCAUUGUACACUCCAACAGGUUUGGAGAUGAAGCCAUCAUACCAACCCGCUAGCGAGGGCACUGUGAUUUAUCUGACAGAAGAAGCUAACAAAUACUCUGGUUUUGUGUAUUCUCGAGUGAGAGGUCUCUGCCCUUCAAAGCAGAUCCUCCAUCAGAACGAGGACAACACAUUGAUCUUUGAAGCACGGUUUGAGAGUGGGAAUUUGCAGAAGGUGGUCAAAGUUAAUGAAUUUGAGUACCAGCUGACCCUGCGCACUGACCUCUACACAAGUAAAUACACGCAGUGGUACUACUUCCAAGUAAGCAACACUCAGGCAGGGAUGCCAUAUCGCUUCACCAUUAUCAACUUCACCAAGCCUAACAGCCUAUAUAAGCGUGGGAUGCGCCCUCUCUUGUACUCAGAAGCUGAUGCCAAGAAACGCAACGUUGGCUGGCAGAGGACAGGGAAUGAAAUUAAGUAUUACAGAAACAAUGUGGGCCAAGGUGGACAGCAGUAUUUCUCACUCACUUGGACAUUCCAGUUCCCUCACAACAGAGACACCUGCUAUUUUGCCCACUGCUAUCCUUAUACUUACUCCAACCUACAGGAAUACCUGGUAGCCAUCUCUAAAGAUCCAGUGAAGUCCAAAUUCUGCAAGAUCCACAUCUUGUGCCAUUCACUGGCAAGAAACAUAGUAUAUGUUUUAACAAUCACCAACCCCCAUGAAGGUGACAAGGACACAAAGAGGAAGGCUGUGAUAUUAACUGCAAGGGUGCAUCCAGGGGAAACUAACAGUUCCUGGAUAAUGAAAGGCUUUCUGGAUUACAUUCUUGGCAAUUCAGGCAAUGCUCAAGUGCUCCGGGACAAUUUUGUCUUCAAAGUGGUACCAAUGCUGAAUCCAGAUGGUGUGAUUGUGGGAAAUCAGCGUUGCUCUUUAGCAGGACAGGACUUGAACCGCAAAUACAAAUCUAACCUGAAGGAAUUUUAUCCUUCCAUCUGGUAUACCCGAAACAUGAUCAAAAGAGUGAUGGAGGAACGUGACAUUCUUUUGUAUUGUGAUCUCCAUGGUCACAACAGAAAAAAGAAUGUCUUCGUGUAUGGUUGUGAAAGAAAGCAGCAAGCAAAAGCACCAAAUUUGCAUCCACGUGUCUUUCCGCUCUUGUUGAGCAAGAUCUGCCCAGAUAAGUUCUCAUUCCCAGACUGCCGUUUCAGAGUACAAAAGAGCAAAGAAGGCACAGGUCGAGUUGUAAUGUGGAAGAUGGGCAUCAGCAACAGCUACACUUUGGAAGCCUCUGUCUGUGGUUCUAAGUUGGGCCAGAGACGAAGCACCCAUUUCAAUACAAAAGACUUAGAGUCAGUAGGACACCAUUUCUGUGAUGCUCUCUUGGACUACUGUGUUCCUAACAUGAAGUAUUAUCUGUGCCUGAAGGAACACGAGGAAAUGGUGAAACAGCAAGCUAAGGUGAACUCUGAGGGCCUGAAUUCUGAUGUGUUAGACAGGGAUUCCAGCACCCAGACUUCUGACAGCUCAGAAUCCUGUAAUCUUGUUGCACACCAGCUAAAACUAGGUACUAAGAACAAAACCAAAACAUCAGGAGAACAUUUUCACAGGAUUGCUAAGAACAGAAGUCAUGAAAGCAAAAAUACUCAAGGCAUUGAAACAUUACAUAAGCUAUUUCAAGAACUUGACCCAGUAGGCAGAGAUCUGAACUGGAGUACCAUCCCCCAGCCUGCAGAACACUUUAUAUCCCAGAAUCUUUUUCUUCCUCCUACUGCUCUUCAAGAAAUGUGCUAUGCAAGUGAAAGAGGAGUCAGGCCAGUCUCUGGAUGUCAUUCCCCAAAGAUGGAGAGCAAGUCAAGGGAGAAGGAAGAAAAGAUCCAGCACAGAGUAAAAUUGCCAUUUACAGCCUCUGUGAAGCAAGGAGAGUGCUUCAGCUCUAAGAGACUUACCCGUGGUGCUGAAGGUAAUCAUGAAAAGCCAUCUGUGUCACAGGAGUCAAAAAAAAGUGUGUCCCAUGCUGUAGUCCUAGCUACAGGAGAAAAUUUCCAUUCAUCCAGCUUUAAUCUGAUCUCCCAGAAGAUGAAGAAAUAUGAAAGCAAAAGUGUCUCCAGCUCUCCAGAGAAGACUUUUCAAUAUUCAAAAGGUCAUGAUCCUAAUCCAAAGAGCAGUUCAAGCAAGAAAGAAAGAAAAAUGAAGGAGAGGCUCCCCUCAAAAGCCACAAGGCCCAGCAAAAACAAGACAGCAAACCAAGAUGUAAAUUUUAGGAAGAGUAAAUCCUGCCAGGCUCAAAAUACUUUGCAGUUCUUUCCGCCCUUAUUGCCUGAAGCAAAGGACAGACAAUCUACUGCAAAAUAUCAGGAUUUAUUUUGGAACUUCAGUUCUUCAGCCAAUGAAGGCAGCUGAAAGAGUGUCCUGUAUCUGAUUUGCCUAAACAAUUCUUAAGACUUUGAUUAUGGAUUAUGUCUCUACCAGGGAGGGUGCAGCUAUCUGCAGAAAACAGUUUUUUCUGCUCCUUUUUUUGAAAAACAGUUCACACACAGUUGGGUAGUGAGCACAUCAAGUUUCUGUCGGUACAUGAAGAAGUUCCCCACAUUCUGAGCCAGUUUAGCUGGGAGUGUCUCCUCAGUGUAGUAGAGUAUCAUUUGUCUUAAACAAUACAUACUUUUUUGUGAGGCAGAGUCCACUUUCAGAAAAAGCUGGAAGAAGAGCUAAGUCCCUAUUUCUGUUUUGCUUCUUCGGCUCUAUUUGGAAGUUUCCCUAAGAUUCUCAGGGAGAGGGAUUAUUCACUGAGCAGCUAAAACUAUUAUUCCCUACUCAUAGUAGAGUAACUGGAAAGUCAUAAGCCAUGAUAACUGGAGAGUCAUGAGCCCCUUCACCCAAGAACCAAAUACAUUUUACAUUCAAAAACAUUUGACAAAAUCUGUACACAAAUAGUCAGUCUGUGGAACUUUUUGCUAAUGGACAUUGUGGAGGCAAAAAAUGUAUGUGGAUUUGAGGGGACACGUACUUUGAAGAUAGGCCUCUGGGAGGGAAUUUUUAAACAGAUAGGCCACAUGUGGCUUGGGAAAUCUUCUCAGCUGAAAAGAGUGAGAGUCUAGGAGAGUGCUUGGGAGGAGUACUGUAUGUGUUUAUUCUGUUCCUACUCUAACCUGGGCAUCCAAGUCACUGUGGAGACAGGAUACUGUGAAAGAUAGCCCCUUGGUCUAAACCAGAAUGGCUAUUCUUAUGUUUAUUCAUUAUAGUCAUAGACUUGCCUAGUUUGUGGCUUCUUACACAAAUAUCCUUCUUAAGACAGGUGUUGAAUUUUGGCUUCUCAAAUUUCCUAAAACAACUGUCCAGUACGCCAUUCAGUAGGCUUCCUCUCUCUACCUCCUGUAUGUCUCUACAGCAUAUUACACUUUAACUCCAAAACUAGAGCCUACUGCUGCAGAAUCAGGGCCAUCACAUUUUUAGUAUUUGAGAGGGGCCAUGCUAGAUUUUGCCAGUAAUAAAUAAAAUCUAAUUUGCUAGAAGAAAGAAUUGGCCAAGUGCUUAAAAUACCAGGACACUUGGUGGAACUGCCAAGUGUAACCAUUGAGUCAUCUUGCAGUGAUGGCUGUAAUGCAAGUGGAAUAGUAUGACGUAUACACAGGAUAGCAAUUGACAAGUCUUUUUUUCCACACAGAUCAGACCUAGAUCUUCUUUCAAAUGUGAAGGGGAACCUAGCCAUGUCUACAGUAUCAGACAGGACUAUUUUAGUACCCCAGUAUCACAAGAAAGAAACAUCACAUCCAGCCUCUCUGUUGUAUGCUAUACAGGAGACAACAGAUGAAAUCAUAUUGUGCUACAGCAAGACAAAUGCAGUAAGCAGGACAAGAAAUGUGGGCACAGGCUGUCCUUACAAGGCCUCCCAGAAGACUACUGAACCAGUGUUCUGUCAGGGUUAGAAAUGGAUGCAAGGACUGUAAAGAAUGGUACAUUCCAAGCUAAAGUCUACAGCCAGACUGGGCAGCAGUCUGGUGGAGUGAGUUCUGGGAGCCUCACGUCCAAUAUUCUGGGGGAUUAGGAUGCUGUCCUGUGGAGUCCUAAAUGCAGCAUCUGUGCAGACAGCACAAAGCCAUCUAGCUUUGCACUGCCUUGGACUGUGGCUCUUGGAUUGCCAGGGACCUCCUCAUGACUGUUGUAGUAAGAAAAGUGUAGAGUUGGUUUGGUUUCAUUUAAUUUAUUUAUUUCUAAUUGUCAACAGUAAUGAGAAAAAAAAUAGUCAUACAGUUGCUUCUGAAUAAAAGCAAUCUCUGAACAAUUUAGAAAAA